CGUCGGGCUCCACCAAUGGCGAUCGCACACGACGGGCCACGUCUGCGCCUUCUGUUGCCUCUCACAGCUCUCGGCCAGUCUGUGACGAGAACUAGAACGAUGAGGGUGGGAGCAACCGUCGCCGCCGUCCUUGUGGCUUCCUUGGUCGCCUCUGUAGUGGCUGACCAGAUCACCAAAGAUGAGGGGGUGUUGGUAUUGAAGACGGAGAACUUCAAGAAGGCGAUAGAAGAUAACGAAUUUAUCCUGGUCGAGUUCUAUGCACCAUGGUGUGGUCACUGCAAGGCUCUUGCCCCAGAAUAUGCCAAGGCAGCUCAAAAACUUGAAGAAAUGGGAUCUGCUAUUGCACUGGGCAAAGUUGAUGCCACAGAGGAAACUGAUCUUGCUGAAGAGCAUGGUGUCCGAGGUUACCCCACCCUCAAGUUCUUCCGUUCUGGCAAAUCUGUAGACUAUGGUGGUGGUCGUCAGGCUGACGAUAUUGUCAACUGGCUUUUGAAGAAAACUGGUCCCCCUGCCAAGCCUUUGGCUACUGUUGAUGAUGCUAAGGCCUUUAUUGCUGAAAAGCCUGUUGUCAUUAUUGGAUUCUAAGACCAGCAGUCUGAUGCUGCCAAGCAGUUCUUGACUGCUGCCUCAGCCACUGAUGACCAUCCAUUUGGAAUUACCUCAGAGGAAGCUUUGUUCACUGAGUAUGGAUUGAGUGCUGAUGGUAUUGUUCUCUUCAAGGACUUUGAUGAAGGAAAGAAUGUGUAUGAGGGUGAGGUAACUGAGGAUGGUGUAUCCAAGUUUGUUGCUGCAAACUCUCUACCUCUUGUUGUGGACUUCAACCAUGAGACUGCAUCAAAGAUCUUUGGUGGUGAUAUCAAGUCCCAUCUCCUUAUCUUCCUGUCAAAGGAAGCUGGACAUUAUGAUACUCACCUGAGUGCUGCCACUGCUGCUGCUAAGGGCUUCAAGGGAGAAGUUCUCUUCGUGACCAUUAAUACAGAUGAAGAGGAUCACUCUCGUAUCCUUGAAUUCUUCGGCAUGAAGAAGGAUGAAAUCCCAGGCCUCCGUAUUAUCAAGCUGGAGGAAGAUAUGGCCAAGUACAAGCCUGAUAGUUAUGACCUCAGCGAGAGUGGGCUUACUGGCUUCGUCAAGAGUUUCCUUGAUGGAAAGCUGAAGCAGCACCUUCUGUCUCAGGAUCUGCCAGAAGACUGGGAUAAAGAGCCAGUCAAGGUUUUGGUGUCCUCCAACUUUGAUGAAGUUGCCAUGAACAAGGAGAAGGAUGUCCUUGUAGAGUUCUAUGCACCAUGGUGUGGACACUGCAAACAGCUGGCACCUAUCUAUGACCAGCUAGGUGAAAAAUUCAAGGACCACAAUACUAUUGUUGUGGCGAAAAUGGAUGCCACAGUCAAUGAGCUUGAGCAUACGAAGAUUCAGUCCUUCCCAACCUUAAAACUUUACAAGAAGGAAACUAAUGAGGUUGUAGAUUACAAUGGAGCACGGACUUUGGAGGCCCUCAGUGAUUUCCUUGAGGGCAAGACUGUGGAUGAUCAGGAUGACGAGGAGACUGAUGAGGAUGGUGAUGUGCCAGCAAAGGACGAACUUUAAAGAGGUUGAAAGUUGUUUUAUGCGAGAUAAAUUGCUUUUGGUCCUAGCAGUAUGACUACAAGAAAAUACUUAAAUUUUCUUGGAUCCCAUGGAAAAAUCGGUCAAAUAAGGGGAAAUUAGUCUGUUUGGAUUGCUGGGAUCAGUGCUAUAAAAAAAAUUUGGUACUUGAUAUCAAGUAUUAACAUCAGUGUACUUCUGUAGUGUUCAGUCAAUUUGGUUCGAAGUGAUCUGAAAAGUUUUUAUUUUUGACUACAGACAUUCCUAAUCAUUAAGAUAUAUUUUUUGUACUUGGGGCAUUCUAAUAUUUGUGACUGGAAUAGGGAAUGGUACAAAUCUGUUGAUUAACAAGAAGUGCUCUAAAUUAAUGUGUAACAACUUCAUCCAAGGCUAUGCAGGUGUGUGGAUGACAAUGAUGCUCGUCAAGUUAUUAUUAUUAUUAUUGUUUAAUUUUGACCCAGGCCUUGAUGAUAGCUUCAAUGUCUUCCACCAACUAUCUCCCUGUACUUGGCACAAUGCUUCCCGUGGCCGUGUGUUGUGUGAGUGUAAAUGAUGACAAAGGUCCUUGUGCAGUGUAUGAAUAUACCAGUGACUUUUCCAAUAAAAGGAAAAAGGG